AUGGCUGCAGGGUCGCAGGGUCUGCUUCCGCUCAUCCUGGGCCUGAUGCUGUGUGUGCUCAGUCCCGAGGGGUCCCAGGGUGGGAAGCUGCUGGUGGUCCCGAUGGACGGCAGCCACUGGCUCAGCAUGGUUGCGGUCAUCCAGCAGCUGCAUCAGAGGGGACACGAAGUAGUCGUGGUGGCCCCCUCCUCGUCUGUGUUCAUCAAGGAAGGAGCAUUUUACACCUUGAAGAAGUUCCCUGUGCCCUUCCAGAAGGAGGACAUAGAAGCGAUUUUUACCGGUUUUGGGUAUGGUGUUUUUGAGAAUGAGCCCUUUUUACAGCGUGUGAUCAAAAUGUACAAGGGAGCCAAAAAAAAUGCUGCUGUGUUGUUGUCUGCCUGUUCCCACCUACUGCACAACGAGGAGCUCAUGGCCUCCCUGGCGGCCGGCGGCUUCGAGGCUGUGUUGACAGACCCUUUUCUUCCUUGCGGCCCUAUUGUGGCUCAGUACCUGUCCCUACCUGCGGUGUACUUCCUGAACGGACUGCCGUGCAGCUUGGACUUCCGCGGUACCCAGUGCCCCAGCCCACCAUCCUAUGUGCCCAGGUCUCUGUCCAUGAACCCAGAUCACAUGACCUUUCUGCAGCGAGUGAAGAACAUGCUGAUCACCUUCAUUGAGCCCUUCCUGUGCAAUGCGAUUUAUUCGUGGUAUGCGUCACUAGCCUCCGAAGUUCUUUGGAGAGAUGUGACUGUCCAGGACCUUAUGAGCUUUGGAUCUAUCUGGCUGCUCAGACAUGACUUUGUAAUGCAGUAUCCCAGGCCUACCAUGCCCAACAUCGUUUUUAUUGGUGGGAUCAACUGCAUUUCCCAAAAACCGCUAUCCCAGGAAUUUGAAGCCUAUGUGAAUGCCUCUGGAGAGCAUGGAAUUGUGGUUUUCUCUUUGGGAUCAAUGGUCUCACAGAUUCCAGAGAAGAAGGCGAUGGAAAUCGCUGAUGCUUUGGGAAAAAUACCUCAGACGGUCCUGUGGCGGUACACCGGAAGUCGGCCAUCUAACCUGGCGAACAAUACCAUACUUGUCAAGUGGCUGCCCCAAAACGAUCUGCUUGGUCACCCGAAGGCUCGUGCCUUUAUCACGCACUCUGGCUCUCAUGGCAUUUAUGAAGGAAUAUGCAACGGCGUACCGAUGGUGAUGAUGCCCUUGUUUGGUGAUCAGAUGGACAAUGCAAAGCGCAUGGAGUCCCGAGGAGCGGGAAUCACCCUAAACGUCCUUGACAUGACUUCGGAUGAUUUAGCAAAUGCCCUCAAGGCAGUCAUCAAUGACAAAAGCUAUAAGGAGAAUAUCAUGCGCCUCUCCAGCCUUCAUAAAGACCGCCCGGUGGAGCCGCUGGACCUGGCUGUGUUCUGGGUGGAGUUUGUGAUGAGGCACAAGGGGGCACCACACCUGCGCCCCGCAGCCCAUGACCUCACCUGGUACCAGUACCAUUCCUUGGAUGUCAUCGGCUUCCUCCUGGCUGUUGUGCUGGUGUUCACCUUCAUUGUCUUUAAAUGCUGUGUCUUUGGCUUCCGGAAAUGCUUCCGGAAAAAGGAACACAUAAAGAAAACCCCCAAAUCCAAGACACAUUGA